GAGAGAGAGAGAGAGAGAGCUCAGCCAGAGCGGCGUCGAUUCACACCGAGGUGAGGCGGCAGCGGAGGAGAAAGGAAGUGAGGGGAAACGAGCCGCAUCCGCCAGUCGACUUGGAGCUGACCGUAAGCUCGCAGCUCUCUCCACAUCAACCGCAGUUUCAGACUGAAUCUCUGCAAAUAAAGACGGCGGGUGGGGAAGCUGCUGCGCCCCGCGACGGUGGAGUUAUAUAAGCGCAGAGGAAGCGUCGGGCUCGCUGCAGGGCGGCUGUGACUCAUUGAGAAAUAACUCGGGCUCUCCAGGCUGAUGCAUGAAUGAAGCGCCACUGAAGGCAACGCGCAGUCGGGAAAGACGGACUGAUCGUUUUCCGCAAGAGGGAUAUCUGCGUGGAAAGAAUAUUAUUAUUCUUUUAAACUUUUUUUUUUUUUACAUCACAUUAAUUUAUUCCAUUGAACAGCGGUUUGGACCAAAAAACAAAAAAAAAGAUUUUCUUCUCUUUUUCAAUUUUUUUUUUGUACCACUAAACUUCCCUCUUAUUUCCCUCCUUCAAACCCGGCGUUUCGCACUCCUGCUUAUAAAUGCUCGACAAGCUGAAACCCGUCAUCCAGCUCGACUCGGUUAUGGCGAUCAGCAAGACGGUGGGCUGGCUCCGGGAGCAGCUGGAGACGCGCAGGGACGGCCUGCUGGUGAUGGACUGCCGGGCGCAGGAGCUGUACGAGUCGUCGCACGUCGAGACGGCGAUCAACGUGGCCAUCCCGAGCCUGAUGCUGCGCCGGCUCAAGAAGGGCAACCUGCCCGUGCGCUCGCUGCUCUCCGACGGGGAGGACCGCGAGAGCUUCGUGCGCCGCUGCAAGACGGACACCAUCGUGCUGUACGACGAGUACAGCCGGGAGUGGAACGAGAACGUGGACGGGGGGUCUGUGUUGGGGCUGCUGCUGAGGAAGAUGAAGGACGAGGGGUACAAGGCCUUCUACCUGGAGGGCGGCUUCAGUAAAUUCCAGGCAGAGUUUCCAGCCCUGUGCGAAACCAACCUGGACGGCUCCUGCAGCAGCAGCAGCAGCAGCAGCAGCUCUCCCACCACGGCCCAGGUGCUGGGCCUCGGCGGCCUGCGCAUCAGCUCGGACUCCUCCGACAUCGAGUCGGACUUCGACCCGAGCAGCGCCACGGACUCGGACGGCAGCCCGCUGUCCAACCCGCAGCCCUCCUUCCCCGUGGAGAUCCUGCCGCACCUCUACUUGGGCUGCGCCAAGGACUCCACGAACCUGGACGUGCUGGAGGAGUACGGCAUCAAGUACAUCCUCAACGUGACGCCCAACCUGCCCAACCUGUUCGAGAACGCGGGGGAGUUUAAGUACAAGCAGAUCCCCAUCUCCGACCACUGGAGCCAGAACCUCUCGCAGUUCUUCCCGGAGGCCAUCAGCUUCAUCGAUGAAGCUCGGGGUCAGAAGUGCGGCGUCCUGGUCCACUGCUUGGCCGGCAUCAGCCGCUCGGUGACCGUAACCGUGGCCUACCUGAUGCAGAAGCUCAACCUGUCCAUGAAUGACGCCUACGACAUCGUCAAGAUGAAGAAGUCCAACAUCUCCCCCAACUUCAACUUCAUGGGCCAGCUCCUGGACUUUGAGCGCACGCUGGGCCUGAAGAGCCCGUGCGACAACCGCAUGGAUCCGCCGAGCCAGCAGCUGUACUUCACCACCCCCACCAACCACAACGUCUUCCAGCUGGACCCCCUGCAGUCCACGUGAGGUUCCGAACAUCAGUGCCUCUCUUGUCGCUGAGGGUGAGGGGGGAGUGUAAGACUACCACCCUGAAUUCUCCUCUACUUGUUGAAAAAGUUGCAAAAAGUUUCUCGUUUUCCCGUCAUCUGGUGUGCGGACCUGGCUCUGGACGAUGCAGACGGUUUUUAUUGGAGGGGGCUCGACAGCUGCUGAGCGUGACUACUGGAGUUGCCAGAGUGGCCUGGCCAGUACACACCUGCUGCUGUCUGAAUGAGGACGGACAGUUAAAUAAAGCAACAGACUCAUUUAAAGACUUUCUACAAUCAUAUUUCUGUUGGACUCUUGCGGUAUUUCCUGUUUUUCUUGUGAAGGUGAACGGUGAUCUGGAGAGCUGUACGUUCUGCUUCACAGAUUCUAGGCUGGUGUGCCAAAGAGACACGACCGUUCAAACUGGACAGAAAAAUGUUCUCUGUUUGUUUUGGGGGUCGUCCCCCAUGACUUGUGGGCGCGUUGACCCCCUUCAUCUUCUGUGAAGACUCACCUGUGUGGGGUUGAAGCACCUCAGCUUUCGUAGGCCACCCCACGUACUGGACUGAUUUUUACACUUUUCAAACAUUUAUACUGUACAUUGUGUUCAUACCUUAAACGUAAGAGAGAGUACAUACCUUUGGAAGUGUGUACUGAGGAAUUUGUUUCAUAUUCUAGUUUCCUGUAAGCAAACCAACCGCAUAUUGAUCAUUAUUCUUGCGUUAAUUAUGCCAAAAAUCAAUAGACUUUCCAAGAAUCGUGCAGAAAUGUGUACAUUUGUAAUAUAUUUAUAUACUCCAUAUUUGCUUUAUGUAUCAAUUCAGCCAGCCGGCCUUUUUUGUUUUUUGGGGAUUUUCUUUUGCACUCUCCCUCCCACAAAACAGUUGUCGUUUGCCUUACUUACUCUCACGGGGUUUGCUUCACUUUAUCCUCAAGAGAAUUACAUUUUUUCCCCCCCCGCUUUGUCUAUCUUAGAAUCAUCCGAGACCCUGAUCAAGUUUGCCAGAUUUUUCUUUUUAGAUAGCCAGAGCUGCGUGAGGGCCCACCCACCGUGCGUGGUCCGGGUGGUUAAAUCUGCUGGGUGUUCAAAGCUUCUUCAGGGAAAACUCUUUGAAAUGCAGUUAUGAAUUUGUCAGGAUGAGAGAAGUGAAACUCUCUUAGCUUAAAAUAAAAUAAGAAAGGACAAAAAAAAAAAAUCUGUUCCAGGAGGAUGUUGCCAUGUUGGUGACCUCCGCCUGCCCUCCACCAUGCUCCUCUAUUCUGAAUGUAAAGGAAAGAUAAGUUAUUAAUAAAUUGCUAUUUUGUCUAUA